AUGCGCCUUUAUGGUUUAAAUAAAAUUUGUGAAGAGCAGUUUCUAUCUAGUGUUUCUAGAAUUAAUAAUAGGUUUGAAGUUGCCUUGCCCUUUACACCAGAUUAUCAAGGAGAAUUAGGUCAUUCAUAUGGUGUUGCACAUAAGAGAUUUCUUUAUUUAGAAAAGCGUUUUUACAAGAAUCCCAAUUUAUAUAAACUUUAUCGUGAGUUUAUUCAUGAAUAUAUUUCUAUGGGGCACGCCGUUCAAACAGAUAUUCCAAAAUCGGACAUUUUAGAUACCUUUGAUUCUUCCACCAGUCAUAAUCAUUAUUAUAUGCCACAUCAUGCUGUUUUUAAAAAUUCAGAUUCUAAUAAAAUACGCGUUGUUUUUGACGCAUCGACUAAAACUUCGUCGGGAAAGUCUCUUAACGACAUCCUUCUAGCUGGUCCAAAAUUACAGAAGGAUUUAUUUUGCAUUUUGCUAAGAUUCAGAUCGAAGCCUUUUGUUUUCAUAGCUGAUUUAAUUAAAAUGUUUAGACAAAUAAAUAUUAAAAGAGCCGAUCAGGAGUAUCAAAGGAUUCUUUGGAGGGACUCUCCUUCGGAAGAAAUAAGAUGUUACAGGCUUACAACUGUAACUUACGGAACGGCUUCAGCUCCAUAUCUUGCGAUAAGAUGUUUGAAUCAUUUAGCCUUUGAAGAAAAAGCCACAUUCCCGAUUGCUUCACAUGUACUUUUAGAGGACAUUUAUGUCGACGACAUAAUUACUGGUGCUAAUAGUAUAGAACAUUUACAGCGUACUAAAAUUGAAUUAAUUAAGUUAUUAGAAUUAGGCGGUUUUUGCUUACAUAAAUGGGCUUCAAAUAUUCCAAGUUUUUUAAAUGAUAUUCCUUUGCAAUUGAGAGAAUUUAAUAACCCUAUCUUCACUGACGAUAAAAAUUCUAUUAACACCUUAGGCUUAUUAUGGAAUCCAAAACAGGAUCACUUUCUUAUUUCAGUUCCCACUUUUAAAUUUAAUAAUUGUACAAAGCGAGUUAUUUUAUCUGUGAUAUCACAAAUUUUUGAUCCUUUAGGACUGAUCGCACCUGUCGUUAUACAAGGAAAAUUGAUUUUACAAGAACUUUGGAAAGAUAAGAAAGAUUGGGAUGAAAGUGUUUCUGCAAACGUUGAAAAUAAGUGGUUCAAGUUUGCCACAAAGUUAGGGACAUUAUCACACUUAGUUAUUGAUCGUUGCGUUUUUCAUCACAAACGUAUUAUAAGUAUUCAACUUCAUGGUUUUGCUGAUGCGUCUUCAUAUGCUUAUGGAGCAUGCUUUUAUGUUAAAACCACAUAUGAAGAUAAAACUACGAGUGUGAAACUACUGUGUGCGAAAUCAAAAGUUGCACCUUUAAAACCGAUAACUUUAGCGAGGUUGGAAUUGUGUGCUGCAUUAUUAUUGGCUAGGUUGUUCAGAAGGGUGAUUGAUAACAUUGAUAUAAAUUUUGAAAAGGUUUUACUUUGGAGUGACUCGAACAUUGUCUUGUCAUGGAUCGCUGGCGAUCCAAAUAGAUGGCAUAUUUUGUGA